AUGCGUGUCCAGUUUCCUCUAAAGAAACUCAGACUACUCUUAAUGUGUGUCUUACUAGCUUUAAGUAUUUUCAUGACUUUGUUAUUUGUGCUGCAGAAAAACGUAAAGAGCCAGAACCCCUUAGGGCAUAGCCUAGGUGCUCUUAGCACAGCUCCUAGGAGUUCAGGCAACAACUUUCCUUUUAAAAACACAGCCCCACUUCCACUGGUACCAGUGGUCUCUGCACCGCCAGCAAAUGUGAGUUGCCCAUCUGGGUUCUACAGCCCUGAGGAUCUUCGGCCCCGCCUUGCGAGGCCGCCAGAGGAUCCUGAGGGCCCCGGGGCCAAUGGCAGAGGGUUUAUUACGGACAAGUUGAGCCCAGCUGAACUGAGAGAGAAGCAAGAGGGCUUGGAAGGGACCGGCUUCAACCGCUUUGCCAGUGACCGCAUCUCUCUGCACCGCAGCCUUGGCAACGACACCCGCCAUGCAGAGUGUGUGGAGAGGAAAUUUAGCCGGUGCCUGCGAUUGCCAGACACUAGUGUGGUCAUCGUGUUUCACAAUGAGGCUUGGUCCACUCUCCUCCGCACUGUCUAUAGUGUUCUUCACACCUCUCCGGCAAUACUGCUCAGAGAGAUAAUCCUGGUGGAUGAUGCUAGCACCCAGGAUCAUCUGAAGGCUCCGCUGGAAUUGCACAUGGAGCCUCUGAGGGUGGUGCGCAUUGUGCGGCAGAAGCAGAGGAAGGGUCUGGUUCCUGCACGGCUGCAGGGAGCCCGAGAGGCUCAAGGACAGGUGCUCACCUUCUUGGACUCUCAUUGUGAGUGUUUCCAUGGCUGGUUAGAACCUCUUUUGGUGCAGCUGGUAGAAGAACCCAGGGCUGUUGUGAGUCCUGAAAUUGCUGUAAUUGAUCCAAACACACUAAAGUUUACCAAGCCAGUCCCCGGUGACCGACCGCGAAACCGUGGAAACUUUGACUGGGAACUGAACUUUGGCUGGGAGUCUAUUCCUGAACAAGAAAAAGUGAAAUACAAAGAUGAGACUUACCCUGUGAAGACUCCAGCUUUUGCUGGUGGCCUGUUUUCCAUUAAUAAAGACUUUUUCGAGCAUAUUGGGACAUAUGAUGACCAGAUGGAGAUUUGGGGAGGAGAGAACAUUGAAAUGUCCUUCCGAGUGUGGAUGUGUGGGGGUCAGGUGAAGAUUGUCCCCUGCUCUGUGGUGGGGCAUAUUUACCGUAACAGGAGUCCCUACUCCUUCCCAAAGGGCUUAGAGGUGGUAGUGCGCAACCAGGUGCGAGUAGCCGAGGUCUGGAUGGACGACUACAAGAACAUCUUCUACCGCAGAAACCAGAAGGCUGCUGAAAUAGCACAGAUGCAGAAGUCUUAUGGUGAUGUUUCCCAGCGCCUGGAACUCCGAAAACGUCUGGAGUGUAAAAACUUCUCCUGGUACCUGGAGAAUGUUUACCCAGAAGCUUUUGUGCCAGAACUGGCCCCAGCCUUGUCUGGUUCGCUGAAGAAUGUGGGCUCAGACACUUGCCUUGAUAUUGGUGAGAAGAGGCCCAUAAGGAAACCUGUGAUUCUAUACAUGUGCCACUACAUGGGUGGUAAUCAGCAUUUUGAAUACACGUCUCGGCAGGAGCUGCGACACAACACAGCCCUGCAACUGUGUCUGCACGCGACGAUCGAGCCGGAGCCUGUACGCAUUGAGCUGUGUAACAGUAAGGGUGGCAGCACAGUGCCAGCGCCACAGCAGCAAUGGGCACUGACCUUCCUGUCAGCACAGCGUUAUCUUCUGCAGAGCAAAGUAUUUAAGAAGUGUCUAACAGCAGAUGCUGGGAAAGCCAUUAUGAAAGACUGCAACCCUGCUGACAAAUACCAUCACUGGGUGUUCCAUUGA